AUGGCAAUGGAUAUGGGCUUCUUGCCCACUAUUAAAUGCUCUAGUUGUGGGAACAAUGUUGAGAUCUUCUCUAUGGGGGACCAUGUGUGUGCCCCGGUCUUUCGUGCCCCUUUUGCACCUCCAUCACCACCCCCAUCUGCGGGGUUCGACUCCCCAGACCGAUUAACGGCUGCCAUGGCUGCCAAACCUGGUCGGUCUGGGGUUCCCCCCGAAUUGACCCGUCUAUCGCAAGUAUAUCGUGCAUUCCUACAACCGAAUAUACCAACACCGGCGAGCAGUGUGCAUGCGCCAUCGCCUCUAUUGGCGUCGGCGCCUCGCUCUCCAUUUCAGUCAUCCCCCCAUGGCGAGGUAUCCCCGGACGAUGAAUCUGUGAUCAAUUUGGACUCGGUGUUCUCCUUCCCCAUGCCAGGGAAUCGAUCGCCGGCUCGUAUCUCCACCCCGGCAUUGCUAGGUCUAGCACCAUCUCGAUCUGUGGCAACCCCAUCUCCACGAUUAGGAGGCGGCCUGGACCUGGCGCCAGAAAAUGUACAGCUCCCAGCGAGUCCUCUUCCGCCAACUUCCGAGACACCAGAGAUGAGCCACCAACGGGAGGAUUCCCUAGCCAGCCACAGCAGCUAUCGCACGUCUUUGUCAAGCAGUCGCCAUGGAAGCUCAACAGCAAGAUCGUCAACAAACAGCUUUUCACGAGGGUUUCGCACUUUUAUAGAUGACACCCCUCCGCUGCCACCUGCACCACUCCGCACACCUAAAAAAUCAUCGUUCUCCCAAGACUUGCACUUAUCGGUGCGCUCAUCGAAUCGAAGUGAGCGAAGUGGGGAAACCUAUAGCGGGUUUGACUUCGACCUCCCGGCGAAGUCCACGGCUUUGCAUGAUCUCCCGGAGGAAGGUUCUCCCACAGAUAUCAAUGACAGCCCCGAGCAUGAGCACAGCAUACUCUCGCAGAAUCAUCUACACCCAACCGCGGCCGAGUCUGUAUACGAUUCACCGAGAAAGAAUUCGGAUGCAAGCGAAAGCGCUCUCUCAAUCACAAGCUUUGCGCGAGCUCUGGGGUUAGACGAUCUCGUUCCUGACGCAGACAGCUCUUUGUCAUCUAAUUCCUCAGCGUCAGAAACCCACAGUGGCAGCUCCAUGUCUAGUCUUCCAUCUGACACGAGUCUCAACCGACACAAGGCUACGGAUCCGCUCAAUCUUGGCCCCUUGGUCGAAGAGCUGCCCGCAAGAACACGACAAACAAUUAUGGAAUUACCAGGUCGUGUGCGCAGUACAAUGGAUGAGGUGCCCACAAUCCCAGCGGCAUUUUUUAGUCCAGACUCCCCCACUGAUCCUGCUAUUAACCGAGGAAUUUUAUCCCUGAUUGUUGAAAAACGAGAGAAGCCAUUGCAAACUUCACAGCCUCAGGAACCUCAAGCAUCCUUAGCGCCCAACGUCCAUGAAGAUAGAAAAGAACCUCAACCUGAGCUGGAAAUUGAAUCUCAAGCGCCUCCCUCCCCUCGACCCGUGCAGCGGUCGGCAACGGCGCCACUUCCCCGACACUCGACCCGAUCAACCAUCCGGAGCAAAGGUCAAUGCAAAGGCUGUGGCGAGGAAAUCACCGGCAAAUCAGUCUCUUCCUCGGAUGGUCGCUUGACAGGAAGAUACCACCGCGGCUGCUUUGUCUGCUUUGAGUGUUCCUCGCCUUUCCAAACUGCAGACUUUUAUGUUCUGAAUAACCGCCCUUAUUGUGCACAGCACUACCAUGAGCGAAACGGAUCUUUAUGUGGCACCUGCCACUGUGGAAUCGAGGGUCAGUAUCUGGAGACCGUAGAGCGGAACCAGAACCGACCUGAUCGCCGCCGAUUUCACCCUGGCUGUCUACAGUGUCGUACUUGCCAUAUGCUCCUGAAAGGAGACUACUUUGAGUGGAAUGGAGGGGUCUAUUGCGAGCGAGAUGCCCGCCGCGCAGCAGCGACCUAUCACCCACCAUCGCCCGGCCGCCGACGACCUACGAUCGGAUCUUCACCAUUGGCCCAGUCCGGUGGAUAUCCUCCCCCGAGCGGCUACCCACACCCUCCACAUACGCCUAAUCAGGGCCUUCGCCCGGGCCCCCGCUUUCCCCCUGGCGGUGCCGGACGCUUCCCUGAGAGACGAACGACCAAGCUCAUGAUGUUUUAA